UUUAAAAGUGAGUACUCGUCAUAACAUAUCUUCAUCCAAAGGAGUAACAAUACUAACAAAAAAAUCUGUUUAACAAGUGAAAGUAACUACUUUCCUUAUUACAAGUGUGAUGUAGUAAGGAAUAUUUACAAUUGACCGUUACGGCAAAGAGUACUCCUAUUUGUCAUCUAUGUGAAACGAAUAAGCUGACAAAAUGACGAGACAAAUAGGUUUCGUCCUUUUGCUGGUUUCAUCAAACUGGUUUCAUUGCCACUGUUUUGCAGCAACGGAUUUCAAAGCACCUGUAAAUCAUAAACCAAACUUUCACAAUUGUGGAGAAUACAAGCCGACAUUGAAAGAAGAACAAGAACCUGGGACAUCUGUACUCCGCGUGACCGCCACUGAUCCAGACCAAUCUCAAACGAUUAAGUACAGCAUUUUAAAUGAAAUGAGAGAAGAACAGCUUUUCGCCAUCGAUGAAGAUACGGGUGAGAUCUUUUCGGCAUACAUCUUCGAUCGAGAUCCUCCGUAUCGGGAUACCGAGUUUUACAUUACGGUACGAGCGACCGAUAACGGUCUGUCCAGUCUGGAUGAUGUGUGCACGAUCAAAGUGACAAUUCUAGACAUCAAUGACAAUCCGCCAGUGUUUGAGAAAGAUUAUUAUGAAGCGUUUGUCUCCAUGAAUAUGACACUUCGCCAACAAGUGACCAUCAUCACAGCAACGGAUAUCGACGACCAAACAAAUGACGUUUUUUUCGAAAUCGUAAAGGAAUAUGGAGAUAGCAGUUACUUCGAGAUUGACCAACAUACUGGUGUAUUCACACUGGAUAAGCGCAUCGAUCGCCACCCAGGAGAGUAUUAUGCGCUUCGUGUUCGCGCUUACAAUCAAGGUUAUAUAGAAAACGAAUCAGAAAACCCAGAAGUUGAUGUGAAAGUAUGCAUAAUUGACGCUGACAAACGCUUACCAUAUUUCACCAAAGUGCCAGAAGCUCCUGUCAUAUUACACGAAAAUUUCACUGCAUUUGAUCAGGUAUUGGCAGUGUUUGAGGCGAAAUCAAAUAUAAACAACGAUAGCAACGUUAUUUUAGAGAUAGUUCGAGGUAAAUUUGAACAGACCAACUCGAUGAACACAUUCCUGUUGGAGCAGAUUGAUAAUACAGCCCACAUUAAGCUGGCAAGAGCGCUCGAUUAUGAAAGGGUCACCGAAUACACGAUAACUGUGAAAGCUACGAACAGGCACGAUCUAGCGACAGAGGCUGUGGUAAAGAUCAUGAUCCUGGACGUAAAUGAUAAUAUUCCGGUGAUCAUUAAAGAUGUAUCAUAUCUCGAAUAUGAACUCAUCGACAAUUCACCGGUAAUCCAAAUACAUGCGUACGAUUUGGAUGCUACAUCAGCUAACAAUAUAAUUUCGUAUAGCAUCGCCGAAAGUAAUCAGCUGCAUUUUACAAUUGAUUCCCACACCGGAACAGUAACGAAACAAAAUAGGCUGUUUGAUGACAAAAAGGACAUAUAUAUUAUCAAAAUAUCUGCUGAAGACAACGCACCAUCCGCCUUACUUCGAAAUGGUAAACCAAACAUGAGCUCUCAUACGUUAAUAGUUAAAAUUAUCAAUAGAGAUCUAACCAUUAUUCCCCAGAAUGCAAUCACUAACAUUCAAACACAAGAGCAGCGGACCAACGACAAAACUUUUCAAGAAAUUUUAAGGAGUUUGAGGAGUUAUGAGCAAAUCAAUUAUAUCAAUAAAAGGCACAUCAUUGUUCACAAUUAUGCAGGCACGCUUACAGAUAAACUGAUAGGAAGUGUGUACAUCGAUUAUGAUAAUGAAGAUAUUUCCAACAAGAUAAUCCUUUGGGAUGAUAGGAUCAGGAACAGGAAACACUUCAGGCUCAAUUUCAAGAGCGGUAUGAUUAUGAUGCUAAAAGGCACACCCGAAGGUAUAUACAAUCUAGAAUUUACAGUGAUUGAAGAAUCAUCCGAUUUUUCACGACACAACGUAUCUGCUCGUGUAACGGUGACAGUGAAGAAUAACUCGGAGGAAGCGGUCAACCAGAGUGGAUCGAUUCGCUUCUACAAUGUAACGGCUGAGACAUUCAUAUCUCAGACACUGGGUGAGCUCAACACUCCCAUGUAUCGACUUCAGCAAAGCAUUGCAAGCAUUUUGGAUACCAGCCCAGAUCAGGUGGAUAUAUUUACGAUCAACAAUCGUAAGCUUGCCCGUGGUGCAUUCUUGGACGUGUUCUUUGCAGUAGAUGAUACUAUUUACACAUCGUCAGAGGUCUUAAAUGCAGUGUUAAGUUUGCAUUUACGCAAAUUGGAGAAAGACGUCGGGUAUCGGAUUGUGACGGUUGGUAUCGAUGAGUGCAUCGAGAAAGGACAUACAUGUGCACAGACAUGCAAGAACAAGGUCCUUAAAACAGCAAAACCAAUCGUAGUGCACACCAACACUAGCUCGUUUGUGGGAAUCACCACAUUGAUGCAAGCACAAUGCAUCCCACAUAUACAAUCUUCGUUGGUAGCAUGCUUGAAUGGUGGCACUUUCCAGAAUGGUAAAUGUAAUUGUCCCAUGGGGUUCGAAGGUCCCCAGUGCGAGAAAUUGGACAUCUGUUUUGAUGAAAGUGGGUAUGCAAUCUAUCCAUCGAUCAACAGUGGCAACGUAAACAACAUCAGCAUUGAGUUAUUGCCCCGACAUAAAGACGGGUUGGUAUUCUACAUGGGUCCUCUGAAGUAUGACCCAUCUUUGAAGGCACUACCUUUUCUGGCAUUGGAAAUAAAAGAUGGUAUGUUGGUUAUACUAUUGGACUAUGGAACUGGAAUUAUUAGGUUCGAGCACCAACAACUAAUUUUACAUACAUUUACAACAGUAGAUAUUGUGUUAGAGCCUCAUCGGUUUGAGAUACAUACUGCAAGCAACAAUUUGAAAGGUAGCAGUAGGAGUCGCUAUGAAAAUAAGGAUUGGAGUGGGGUUCUUCCAGGCAACAUGCCUAUUUUGUUGGGUGGUACAGUCAAUCGCUUUGCCAAUUGGCCAUUACACCUCGUGGGUAUACCACAAACGAUAGAUUAUAACGGUUGCAUGCGAAACCUCACAAUCAAUGGGUAUACGAUAGAUUUUAUGCAGCCGAUUAUGGCAAAUAACGUUUCUUUCAGUAGUCAGUGGUUCAAUUCAGUUCAUAAAUCUUUUUCUUUAAAGAUAUAUGCGCAUGGUAUUGUAUUCAUUUUAAUGUUAGCUACAUGUUAUGUAAUGAAGAACAAUAUACAACAAUUAUUUAAUGAAGUACAAUUUAAUAAGCAUUCAUUGAUAACGUCUGAUGAAAUAUUAUUGUGUUUGCUGAUAUUUGCAUGGUGUAUAGUGGUAGUUUUAAUCUUAGCUUCAAUUCAUUCAAUGAAUGACAAGACAAGUACUGGAAGAUGACAAGACUAGAUGGAUUGGUCAAAACCCAAAUUGAAAAAUUAUUGUGCUAACAUUUGACAGUUGUUGAAACAUAUAUCGCGCGUGAUGAACACAUAUUGGACUUCAUGCGAUCACCUUACGUGAUGUACCGAGUCAAGAUGUUACUAUGUAAACAGCGUUAUUCACCUUGUGUUUUUGCGUUACAUUUAAUUCUUCAGUUUUUCUGAAUGAUUCUGAAUUCCAAAAACAAUCUUGAUUAACUUAACAAUCAUUACAAUAGUAUUUGAUCAUUAGAAUUUUCGGCUUGUAGAAACACUGAUGCUAGCUUCUAUAACCGCACCUCUAAUUUUUAUGUUUUGCUGUGCUGUUUUCGUGUCUUCAAAAGAUAUGAUAUCGGUCAUUAUGGGGUGUUUGUUUGCGAUGGUGAAAUAUGAAUUUAGCGCAUUUUUGAUUAUUUUUACCAUUCAUGUAGCUCUUUUAUCAUUUUGCUUUUAAACCGCUUAUCGGAACACACAUAUAGACUGUUAUAUGAUAUAUAACUCUUUGAUACUCUUUGGUUAUGCUGGUGCAAAAAAAUCAGGCCGAUACUAAAAAAUAAUGAAAAAGCGAAAAAUAAUGUUAUCAAUGCAGCUAAUAGUAUAAGCUAACACUAAUGAAUAAUAACUGAAAUUGUGUAAUUAUUGCUACGAGGUCAUUUUGCAAAGGAAAGGUGGAAUCUCAUACCUACUGUUAGAAACUUACAAAGAUAACCGAAUUUCUUAGGCUAAGGCGUGGUGCCAAAAAAUUGGUUUUUAUUUUAGGCGUUUUGUGGCUUGCGUUCGCUCGGUGAAUUCGUUUAACUGAAAGGACAGAAACUGCCGUUCGUUCCCUAUUUAACUAUUUUUUGUCCUAUCCGCGAUGUGCUUGGCUGACAGUUCGGCGGAACCCUACAACGGUUACAGUAACGGUUGUCUAUCCUGUAUUAAAUUAGAAAUCCCAAAUUCUGGCCCUCCACCAACACUUGGUGACUUAACAGCUCAGACCGUGUAAGUGCCUCGGACCACUGCGCGCUACUUACGAUGCUAUUCGUGACUUUACAGGACAAGGAGGCCUAACAGUUCGAUCUUCAAUACUUGAGCAGAAGGCUCCUCCGUGUUGUCAGUCAACUCCACGCAUCUUCGAGCCCUGCUCUUUUAUAUUUUUUAUUUUUUGUUAACGAGGAGUGAGCGUAUUCCAUCCCCCUCCCCGACUUACCCAACCCUGCCGGUACGCUGUGGUGCGUAUUACUUCAUGAGGAGUCGUGCGUGCGGUGCACCCUGGUUGACGCUCUGCUGCGGCGAUCUGGUCUGCUGAUUCUGCUUUUUACGCUGCUUUCCGUGGUGCGACGCGGUCCC